AUGUAUAAAAUCGAUGAUCUCGAUUUCAAUGAUUAUCAUGAACCAAAUUUUGAUCAACAAUUAAUUAAUGAUAAUGACUUCCUGUGGAGAUUAUUAAGUCAACAUCAUUGGUCCGUAUGUCAUUAUUUACAUUUAAAUGAUAUAGAUCGAGCUUUUCGGCAUCAAUCAAGAAAAUUCUCGUGUCUCAUGUCGAUUCUCAAUGGAUAUUCAAGUCGACUAGCUGCUGCCACAGCUGGUGAUGAUUAUCAGGAUACAGAUCAAACACAACAAACAUCAAACAAUGAUGAACCAUCGUGGAUCUUACCUGUGUUCAAUCGUCUCGCGCAUGAAUUACGUCUUCUUGCUCUACCGGGAAACGAUGAAAUGAACAAUGACGAUUAUGAAACAUCGGAUAAUACGAAUUCGAAUAGUACAAUACAAACGUGCAAUAGUCAAUUGUUACAAGCUCUUGGUACUAUACAAAGAUUUCCUUCAACAACUAAAUUGAAAAAAGUUGGCAAUUUUUGUAUUGUUAAUCAAAUGUUAAAAACAUAUUAUGCUUUACAUAAAUUUAAUUUAUGUACUUAUUUCAUUCGAAAGAGUGAGGUUCCGUUAAAGCAAUAUAUGCAAGAAGAAAACGCUCAACAGGAACAUCGAUUUUCAUCUUACGUUCUUACUUACCGUUAUUUUCUUGGGAAAUAUCUUCUACUAGAACAUGAUUAUAGCUCAGCUAGUACACAUUUCGAUUAUGUAUUUACGAAUUGUCUUGAUUCAAAUAGAAGUGGAAGUCUUAAAAAUAAACAACAAUCAUUAUUAUAUUUAGUUAUCGUUAAAAUGCUGCAUGGUUCAACACCUAAAAUGGAUAUAUUGGAAAAAUAUCAAUUAUAUGAACUCAUCGAUUUAAUUGAACCGAUACGUACGGGUUCAUUGAAAUUAUUUAUGGAUAAAAUCAAACAACACGAACAAUUUCUAUUCGAUACUGGCCUAUUUUUUGUAAUUGAAAAUUUAAAAUUAAUAACAAUAAGAAAUUUAUUUCGUAUGUAUGUUUAUCAAAUUGAUCAACAACAAACAGACAAAAUUCCAUUAGAAUCAAUAUUAUUAUUGUUAUUAAAUUUUGGUUUUGAACAAGAAAAUUAUUUUAAAAUCAAUGAACUUAUUGAUGUACUAAAUAGUAUGAUUCAAAAAGGAAUGAUUAAAGGUUACAUAUCAUACAAAUUUCGAACAUUAGUUGUUAGCAGAAAAGAUCCAUUUCCAAAAACUUUUCGUUUUACUUCAUUAUUAAAUAGUUCAUAA